ACCCCUCAAGGUCUUUCAUGCUUACUCCUCCCUGCUGCGAUUCGACAACCGCGAGACCAGAGGCACCAGACGCGCCGGGGACAAGCUGGCUGUGGUCAGGGAGCUGUGGGACAGGUCGCUGUCCCUUUAGGCAGUACAUGCCCAGCAAACUGGCCAAGUACGGAAUCAAGGCCUGGGUGGCCUGCGAUGCAAAGUCCAGCUACGCAUGGAAGAUGCAGAUCUACAUCCGGAAGCCCACGGCCCCCGCUCCCGAAAGGAACCAGGGCAUGCACGUGGUGCUUGACCUGACCGAGGGCCUGAGGGGUCCCCGCAACAUCACCUACGACAAUCUUUUCACCUCCUACGAGCUCCUCUGCUGGAACCUCACCUUGGUUGGCACGGUCAGGAAGAACAAGCCCAAGCUACCGCCCGCGCUGCUCGGCAUCAAGGGAAGGGCAGUGCACUCCUCCCUGGUUGCCUUCACGGGCCCCGCAGCCCUGGUCUCCUACGUGCCCAAGAAGAACAGGAAUGUGCUGCUCAUGAGCACACUGCACGCGGAUGCCUGA